AGCGGAGUAGUGGUAAAAGCUAAUGUAUAUUUCGGAAUAUAGCAAUACAAUAUGAAAUAUGAUGAAAAUCGUCGUGAUGUAGGGCGAUCACACCUGGACAGUUUAGCCAGCAUGCGACGCCGACUGACUGUCCUCAUGACCAGUCGUUUCCUCCUUUAAACCAAUUUCUUGUUAUCAAACACUUCAUUCCUAAAAUAUCGAGAUUGCAUUUUGUUAACAUACAAGAUAUUGAGAAUUCAAAUUAUUUGUAUAAAUGAAUAUUUGCGUUGUUAACAAAUGAAAUUUUUGACAUAAGAAAUGGGAUUAAGAAAACGGUUUGCCAUAGCCUGCGUACGCCUCGUACGAAGGCUUAAACAUUCUUAAUUUGAAUCCUAUUUAGAUACGAUGUUUUUGCGAUAGCCGAAAAGCCUGUGGAACAUGAACCCGGGGCAUGAAGUCAUAGAUAUAUGAAAUAUAUAUGUACAACAUAAUCAAAAGAUAUUUUUGUGGUACUCGUGUCCUACGUGCUCUGUACUGUCGUGAUGAAAUAGAACCUAUCUUAGAUAUCUUAUUAUGUGAACAAUGCCCCAGUACUCAAACAGUGACUUAAUGAUACUAUUAACAUUACACUUCGUAUAUUAUUGAAAAUCGAAACUGAACACUUACAUCCAGUUGAACAUGAUAAAUUUACCUUGGUUUGAAUAUUUUGUUUUACUUUCGAUGUUUACACUCGGAAAAGUGGUCACCAAUUGAUUUAGGCAUGUUAGGAGUUGUCAAUUUAUGGUUACCGUAUGACAGGACAAGGGUGCUAGUUCGAUUAUAUUAUGAUUCUCUUCUUCCUUUUCACGCAGUUAUUUGUUAUUUCAAAACGACGGUGUAUUAGAGGUCGACGCUUAUUUCCUCUUCAUGGCGCUACUGUUGCAUAUCGUUAUCCUUCAGCAGCUGCUGUCGAUAUAUGCAUCAGCAACGACUGUCAAUGUCACAAUAAGGGAAAAUACAUUUAAGACCUGCACCUCGGCAUCGUGUGGCAAGGUAAAAUGUGGAGACGUGCCCGGUGAUCCAACUCCUUGUCAUUGUGACCAGGCGUGUGAGUUCUACAACGACUGCUGCGGAGACUACAAAAUGGUCUGCUCUGGGACGAACUCUACAGAGAGCACAAGGGGUUUCCGUGAAUCAAUGGGUGCUAUAGGAGAGGUGAACAUUGAGUGCAUCUCUCCAAACGCAGAUUCAUCAGAUGCUUUUUGGAUGAUCCAGUCAUGCCCUGGAACGUGGAAUGAUGAUGUUUUGCGCAAGAAGUGCACGUCAUAUGAGCCUUCAACAAACAUCGAUUUGGGGCUCUUGCCAGUGGUCCAUGGUGGUGUUACGUACAGAAAUAUAUUUUGCGCUGUCUGCAAUGGUGUCGAGUUCUAUAACGGCGGUCUCACUGGUUGGAAGUUUGAAUUCAGUUGCUCGAAGCAGCAUGCGUCAUUUGCCGAGUCCGAAAACAUAACAAUUCACGAACUGAUCAAUUAUGCAAAUUGCGAACCACGUUUUUCGCCUCCUUCAGGUGUGCCACAAAGUAGUCUUCGCCCCUGUCUGAACUAUGAUUAUGUAGCAGGUUGUCCGCCUGAUUCUCCACGGACUCUUCUAGAGGGAUGUAUGUCCUUUACUGGCAUCUUUACAGAAGAAUCGACAGGUCGAUACAAGAAUCCAUACUGCAAACUUUGCAAUGAGGGCGCAAUCAGUAAGAAUUGGACAACUGUUGAACAAAAAGAAUACGUGGAGAGAUUAUGCUCCUCUCCGGGGGAGUCUUUGACACCUGGCGUCGCGUCUAGCAGCGUUGGCAGUUUUGGCUUUAUAGACGAAUCUAUGGAACCCAGCGACAAUGAUAUCGGCAUGUCCCUGACACCGAUCUCCGUGAUUGUUGAUUUUUCUGGUAAGAGUGGUGUGUCCAUCUUCUAUUCUGAGAACAUGGUUGUGGAAAGGCAGGUGGCGUGUAACGUUGGUGAAGUCUACGAUCUGACAUCUGAUGGAUGUGUGGCAGUAACAUGUGCUGAUGGAUAUACACUCACUAAUGGUAAGUGUGUCAAGGAUGCACCGUCGGUCAAUCUAACCUGUGGUAACAAUAAUGCCAAUUUGGAGUUAUCCAUGACUGUGGUAAUAGCGACAGAGAGCAAUGACACGUGCCUGAAACUGGAAAUUCAUAAAUUGGGUCAGCUUUCGAAUUGCAUAGCUGUAAGCCUGAACUUGCCCAAUGAAUCAUUCACUAUUAGACAUCAGAUUCCACAGGAUAAUGUCACUAAACAAGUAGAUAAUAACAAUAACUGCAAGGAAGUUAUGCAUGAGGGACGGGCUUACACAUCCAUGGAAUACACAUUUGACACAACAGUCCUUGAUUAUGAAGAGCUUGAAUACGCCAUCGACAAGUCGCUUCUGUACGUUUAUCAGCCAGCGAUGGGUUGUGAUAUUAAAGAUGUAGACAUUUCACGCAGAUGUGUCGCGAUAGAAGGGCUCCCCAAUUGUGAUCGCGGUCGUAAGGAACUUUCUUAUUAUCAGUUUCAAAAUCAUAAUGGUACAUCAUUUGUUUACGACAACGAGACGGGCAACCUCUACCAUCCAUAUGAGACGGAGCUAAUAGCGACUUACGACAGCCAAUAUCCUUCGACCAUUCGCACAUUCCAUAAGCAAGAAGUUGUUCACAUCUGCGACCGAGGGCACUUUCUUUCCUGUCCGCUAAUAUCUCGAAAUGUAUCGUAUUUCACCACAGUGGAAGGGAAGGCUAAUUUUCUAAGACAUGCAGCGACCGGGGAAAUACUUGGUCCAGAUGAAUACAUGGUGGCAGCAGAUGGCAACAUCCAGGUAUGUGUGCCAGAGGGAUCGGGUCAAAACGCAACAGUGAACGAAACCGUUGUGAAAUACUUUUUCCGGUACGAUCGGUCGCAGGUUAUUCUUAGCUAUGUUGGUGUGUGUCUGUCACUUGUUGCACUAAUCGCGACCUUCCUGACGUACAGUGCCUUCCCUGUCCUCCGACAGUGUGUCAGCAACAAACUUAUCAUGAUACUCUGUGUAGCUCUAUUUGCAGCUCAACUCCUACAAUUAUUGAAUGGCCUUGCAACACGAAACGACUACGCCUGCAUGAUAGUAGCAGUCGUCGGUCAUUUCCUGUGGCUCUUUGUUUUUGCCAUGACAACAGUUCUAGCGAUCGAACUGGAUAGAACUUUCGGCAGCUUGAACAACUUCAGCGUGUCCUCAGAUAGUCUCGUCUCUCUUUUGAAAUACACGACAUUCGCCCUUUCCUUAGCCGGUGCCAUCGUUGCCAGUUGUCUUGGGAUUCAUUUCACAAUAGGGGAAGAGAUAGACUUUCAUUACGGCAGUGAAACUCUAUGUUGGAUUGGUGACAGGACUGUGAAUCUAAUAGCAUUUGGUGGGCCACUCGCGAUUUUCUUAUUAGUAAACAUUAUAUUAUUUGGACACACAGUGCGCGGAAUAAGGCAUGUGACCAAGAUUCGAAAUCGUGCUAUCCGGCAUUCUACCACCUUGAAGGAAAGGGGAAAGGAGCUACAAAUAUAUUGGAAGAUAUCAACACUAUUAGGUUUCACCUGGCUUUUCGGGUUCGUAGCCGCUUUUGUAGGAGUGCCAGCCCUAUGGUACAUCUUCAUCAUCCUAAAUUCUCUCCAGGGCGUCUACAUUUUUCUUGCGUUCAUGGCCAACAAAAGGGUCUACCACCUCUGGGCCAGCGUAUUGUGCUGCAGGACACGGGGUGACAAACUGACAAAGCAAGGAAAGGGCCAUCGUAGCAAUGGUAAAUCAACGACUUUGACACUGGUUGCAGGAACAGUAUCGACGGCAUCUGAACACCGUAUCGCCAACCAGUUCACAACCUGGAACUCGAGUGCGACAAAGGUGUGACAUGUGGCUUGAAACGUCUCAUUUUGUACAUCUUACAAGAAAUCACUUGUGGGUGUUGACCCAUCUUCUUACCGCUCAGGCAAAAACAUUCGACACAUGCAAAUGUAGAUAUAAAAAUCUCGCAUACCUGUAUUUAUUGAUUGAGAUCAAGCGACACCAGACUAAAAAAAGAACAAAAACCAACAAUCCAAAUCUUCAUCAGAAAAAAUAUAUAUUAUGUACUUAUUGUGUAAAAGAAUUAUAAAACUAUUAAGAAGGAAAAUGAAAUUCCAUGUCAUUGCAAUUGGACCUACUAAAAUUCUCAAUAAUGCUCAGAACUCUUUCAGCUUUGUUUUAAAUCUUGACGAUGGGACUUCAUGAAUACAGACACGAGUAAUAGCGGUCUCAUCAUCGAUAAAAAUGUCCAUUGAUAAGAAAUCUUGGGAUGCUUUCAAACGUCUGAACGGAUCCUAUUCAAACCAUGAACUGGCAGCAUACACGUCAGUGGUAAUCUAUCUCGCCUAAAUUCAUGAAAAUGCAAAUGAAUGAUGGUAGGUCAUAGUUAUAAAUGAAUACCUGGUCAUAUGUUUGAUUUGAGGAAAAUCGACAAAAUUAGGAUUCACACCAUUAAUAUUCAGAAAACAAAUAUGUUCGGUCAGUAUAAUUUGGCUAUUACCUUUGGCGUGUUAGAACUGUUUUACAGGUACUGUGUGGGUUAUCAAUUCUAAUGCCCCGUUGUUAUUUUAAUGAUUUUGCACAUUGGGGCUCACCAUUAAGGUACAGAAUCGUGAUAGGCAAACUUUCAAUAAACAAUCUCAUACCCUGUAGUGCCAUUUAUAUUUCGUUUAACCUGCACAUGUAUAUAUACUAGUUUGCAGUUAUUGUGCUAUCGCGUUGAAGUAAUAUUUAUACUGACAUACAUGCAUUCGGGAAAUUCCACUAAUUCAACCGUCCUUUUAAUGGAUAAUUUCUUUCAUUAUGCAUUUCUAUCUUCUGGGCUGAAAUAUAGGGCAACAAACAAACCACUUCCAGAUUGGGGAUUGUGUGUUUCUAAUAUUUUCAUUGAAAGGAGAAGUCCAAGGUGACAUUGAGUUGGCUUUAAAAAUCAGAAAAAAAUGCUCCUUUUGACGUCACCCUUCCCAAUGGACUCAUUUCAGGUAAUCCCACUAAAAAAUGUAAUUUCUUCUAAAUCUACCGAAAGUAAAUUUAUCACAUCAAGAAAUAAAUCAUACAGAAUGCAAGAUGAUUCCAAAUACAUAUGCAUUUAAAAGAAAAAAAAAUACGGGCAUUAAAACUAACGCAUAUGACUUUUAUUAAACUGGACGUAACAGUUGUGAGAAAUUCACAUUUUAAUCGAGCAAUACAUGUAUACUUUUGCUGUUCAGGCACCGUUACACAAAGAUUACUGAUCAUUGAAAAUUUGAAACGAUAGAUUGGUUGAAAGUGGAUUUGGAAAUCCUAAAACUCAUGCGCCAGUCAUAUUGAUUGGUCGUUGUUAUUUCUCGUAAUUUACUGUAAACCUUUGUGCUAUGAAGCCCCGACAGCAUAGUCUUUGUUUUCAGGCACUUAACGAAUUAGCACAUUUACUGAAUAUCUCACAAGAAAUGAUAUAAAUACCCUGUACCUUUUUGACCCUACGUGUAUUAUCUACUUGGUCUAAAAUUUUUAAAGAUUAUCCCUAAAAGAACUGUGAGGCAUGAUGCCCCCCCCCCCCUCCUCUAUGCUUCGCGCGAUAUUUCCAAAACGCAAAAAGAUAGCGCGGCAAAAUUGUUUUACUUUAAACAUAAAAAAGGGAAAAUUUGAAGUGAAACUGAAAGUCUCGGGCAACUUAUGAGGCCAAAUUCGCGACACACGGGUAUAGCAUCGCGACGCCACGUAACUUCAUGACUCAUUGUUAUACUUUGUGUACAAAGUCUAUGGGAGAUGAAAUUCAUAAAAGGGUGAUUAUUUUUCGUUCUUAUUGGUCUGCUUAAUUAAUUUAGGGUUAAAUUUAGUUGUUAAAUGGUCUGUAAUAAUUUCCAUUUAUAAAGAAACGAUAAAAAACACAAAAAAUACAUAGGAAAUUCUUAAAACAAAAAAAAAAUGAGAAAAAAAAAGGUUUUCGCAAUUUUCCUUUGUGGAAACAUGAAAAUUAGAUUAAAAAGAUGACAUCUGGGGAAAAAAAAGAAAAUUUGAAGUGAAAAUGGGUGUAAAAUUUACAAAUAAUGAUUUUCACGAAUACAUUUGCAUAUUUUAUUCAUAGUAAAUAAAAUAUUUUUUUCAUAUUUUUUUUCAUAUACUGCAUGGCUUGUAAUUUAUGUGCGUCCCAAAUUUCGGCACGAUCGCGCGAUAUAUCUCAAAUAGCCUCGUUCUUUAAGAGUAAAUCAAUCAUUCGAUUACUCGUUGACAUAAUCAAAAGGGUUCCAAUGUUUGAACGUAGACAAAAAUACAUGUACACUUAA